AUGUCUUUAACAAAAAUUUCCAGAAAUUUAAUAACAACAUUUCUAUUAAAUCCUAAUAUCAAUCCCAAUGCAAUAGCUCCACGUUCAUUGUUGCCAAAAGUAUUAAAUUAUUCAACUUUAUCAAAAUAUAAUUGCCUCAAAAUCCAUUCAAAUAAUAAUCAGCAGCAGCAACACUAUAGAAACAUUAUUUCAACGUGUGCUCGUCAACUUUUUACUAAAGGAAAGUAUCAAGAAUUAAAACAAAAAAUUAGCGAGCUUGACAAUAAAGGAUUAAAUAGUAUUAUUAAUUUGGCAGCAAAUGAAGAAUAUAAUGAACUUAAAAACAACGAGAAUUGGAAUAGAUUAAUAAUGGAGUUUGUUGAAGAAAAAGAAAUAAAAAUAGCACUUGAACUAUUUGAUAAGAUGAAAUCACUAUCAUUGAUCCCAAACCAAGAAGCAUUCACAGCAAUACUGAGAGGUUUAAGUGAAGAAUUUGUUUUUCAAGAAGCCGCAGAACAUACAAGAACAAUGGUUGAACUUAUGGAUGCAAAUAGCCCUGAAUUCAAACUUGAGACUGAACAUAUAAACUAUUUAUUAAAAACUUGUCAAAAACUAGGUAAUUUAAAUACUGCGUGCGAUUCUUAUGACAAAUACAUAAAAAGUGGAAAUGUAAAACCAGACAAGUCAACAUAUUUAUAUUUAUUGAUAACGAGCUUUAAAUCUGCUAGGAGUGAUCCAGCACUGGCUCAUAAAUUGGCAAAUGAUAUUUGGGAUAGUUUGGACAAAAGAAUAGAUGUGCAAGGUGAAGAAAAUAAUGAUCUUGUGCCUAUUGAUAACGAUUUAAUUCGUUAUAUACUUGCGACAUACAAAAGUACGAGUCAUGUUAAAGAUGCACUUAAUAUUGCUGAAUGCAUAUAUGGAAUUGGCAAACCUCAAUCAACACCAUCUUUAAAUUUACCGAUUGAAAGCGGUCCUUUAAACACUAUUCUUGAUAUGUGCAUAAAUGGAAAACAAUUUCUUUUGGGAUUAAAAUACUACGACCAAGCCAUCAAAAAAUAUCCAGAUAUGGAACAUGACAUUAAUCUUUACAAUAGUUUGAUGACUCUUUAUAAUUCGACAUUUCAAUUUGAUAAAACUGUAGAAGUGUUUAAUGAUAAAAUAAAAGAUACAGGUUUAAAACCAAAUAAAUUAACAUUUGAAGCAAUGAUGCUUGCAUGUCAUAAUCUCCGUGAUCUAGAUAGUCUGAAAUAUUUCUUUGAUAAUUACUUGGAAAGAGGAAUUGAUCUGGGAGAACUGGAUCUGAUGGGAUUAAUUAAAUUGUCUCUUAAGAGAGCCAGAAUUGAUGGAGGUCCUAAUGAUGCUGUUUGGUUGCUGGAUAAAUUAGAUGAAAUGGAUCCUGCCAAAGAAGAAAAUAAAAAACUUCCUCAGAUUAAAAACAUCGAUCAUCUGUCAUACUUAAGUACCAUUUCUAUGGCUUAUGAGAUUGCGUUAGAGGUGGAAGAUUUGCCAGAAGAUAAAAAGGCUCGAUGGCAAAAAGACAGGGAGUUUUUUGAAGAAAAAUUUGCAAAAAAUUCUGAUGAAAUUGAAAAAUUAACUCAAGAACAAAUAAAUCAUAGUAAAUCUCCUAAAAGACCUCGCAAAAGGACUAAAAAAAUAAAUCAACCACAACCUAAUAUGGGAUAUAACAAGCAGUCUGAUUAUAUUCCAUCAAAUAUGAAUUAUGAUCCACGAGCACAUAAUAAUGGAAGAUAUAGACCCUUUGCUUCAAAUUCAUUUCAACCUCCUCCACAACGAUAUUAUAGACAGUCAUAUAACAAUUAUUAUUACCCACCAUCUUAUAAUGAUAGAGAAUAUAAUAGAUCUUUUGCUUCGCCGUCACCUCCAAUUACACCUUAUUAUCAACCACAACAACAAUAUUAUGAUAGAAAUGGUAGAUAUUAUGGACAAUCUGACAUCAACUAUAACUUGUCUGCAUAUAGUGGUGGAAGAUAUAGACCAUCAUAUCAACCACGUUACAACAAUAAUAAAAGACCUGGGAGUUAUUAA